AUGUCUUCCCACGGGCAAGCCAGCGCCGAAAUCGAAAAAAUUUCGUCACCGGCCGAUUUCGAAAAGCUCGCUCGUGAUGCCGACCUGUUCGGCUGGUGGACCCCCGACGAGCCUGAGCUUCCGCGGAAUUGGACCAAGUCAACUCGCCUGGCCCACGUCGGCAUCGCCAGUGCCUCGGCCUUUCUCGCCAGCCUCACGUCGACUGCCUUUGCUCCGGCCGGUCAGUCGCUGCAUGCCGAGUAUGGCGUCACCAACGCCACUAUCGCGACCCUCACAGUCACCAUUUACCUGCUCGGCUUCGCCCUGGGGCCUCUCGUCAUCGCGCCGCUGUCCGAGACUUACGGCCGCUGCCCCGCCUACCUCGCCUGCCUGUUGACUUCCGUCUGCUUUCUGGUCGCCUGUUCGCAGGCCACCGGCGUUGCUCAGUUUCUAGUCUUCCGCUUCAUCACCGGCGUCGCGGGAUCUGGCCCGGCCGUCAUUGGCGCUGCCACCAUCGCAGACCUCAUACCCAAGGAGGAGAGAGGCGCCGCCAUGGCCGUCUUCUCCGCCGGUCCUCUGCUCGGUCUUGUGAUAGGCCCGCUGACGUGCGCAUUCAUCGCCCAGCAUCUCAGUUGGCGCUGGGUCUUCCGCGUUCUGUAUAUUGCCACAGCUGCCGUUUUCAUUCCAGCGUUCUUCUUCAUGCGAGAGACGUAUACUCCAGUCGUCAUCCUCCGGAAGGUCGCCGCCGUGCGGAAAAAGACCGGCAACCCGACCCUGUACUCCGAGUUCGACUCACACGACAGCGCAGUGCGUACCUGGCGCCAUGCCAUCGUUCGCCCCACCAAAAUGCUCAUCUUCUCGCCCAUCUGCCUCCUUCUUUCCAUCUACUGUGCCUUUGUGUGGGGACUUCUCUUCCUGCUCUUCACCACCUUUCCUGCCGUCUGGUCCAAGCAGUACGGCUGGACUCAGGGCAUUUCCGGUCUGUCCUAUUUAGGAAUGGGUGUCGGCAUGGCCGUUGGAGGAGUCGGUUAUGGACUCAUCACGGACAGGGUUGUAGAGAGAGACUCCAAAGCACAGGGGAAGCCGUGGUCGCCAGAGGGCCGCCUCCUGCCCAUGGUUUGGUGUGCUCCCGUCCUGCCGGCCGGCUUCUUUUGCUACGGCUGGAGCGCUUACUACAAGGCGCACUGGAUCAUACCCAUCCUAGGCACCACGGCAGUCGGUUUUGGCGCUUUGCUCAUCAUGAUGCCAGUCCAGAUUUACUUGGUCGACUCCUUUGGGCCCAAGACGGCAGCAUCGGCUCUUGCAGCCAACACCGUUUUGCGUGCUUUGGCUGGAUGCUUCCUCCCCUUGGCAGGGCCGGCUCUUUACGCAUCGCUCGGCCUUGGGUGGGGGAAUACUUUACUAGGAUUCAUAGGUCUUUUCUUUUGUGCACUGCCCAUCUUUUUCUAUCGGUAUGGCGAGUCAAUUCGUAAGAAAUAUCACAUCGAGUUUUAG